AUGGGGGGGCGUUGCUGCCGGGUCUUUACAAACCCUCCUUCUGCCUGCAGGGUCGUUAUUCGCUCCCAGGAGAAAGAAAACGCCGAUCCGGAUUAUAUUCCCAUCAACAGCCGCUUUAAAUGUGUGCAAGAGGCAGAAGAAACUCUGCUGAUUGAUAUAGCUACAAACAGCUGCAAGGUGCGGAUCCAGGGCGACGCGGCGCCCGAGCGCCUCUUCGAGAUCCCCGACGAGGAGCGCUGCCUGGGCUUCCUGUCAGAGGUGCAGAGCAUCCAGGAGGCCCACCUGAAAGCGUCUCUUCCUGAACCUAAGGACUCAGCUGUCUGGCAUCAGGUGGAGAGGAGCCUCCCAGGUCUGUCUCCAGGAGCUCUGGGGUUUGAGGAUGACUUCAACACUCUGAGCCUAGAAGAGAAAAGAAACAUGCAAAACCACCAAACGGGAUCUCGACGGGAGCCCCCUCCUCCUCCCAUUCCUCAGAAUAAGCAAUUUCACCGAGAGAGGGAAGGCACAUCCAGGGAGCAGCCCAAGGUGACCAACACCAUGCGCAGGAUGUUCCUGCCCAGCACGCAGGCGGGGCAGAGAGAGGGGCUCAUCAAACACGUGCUGGCCAAGAGGGAGAAGGCCUACAUCAACCUGCACAACUUCAGGUUCUUUGUGGGAACGUGGAAUGUGAACGGGCAGUCUCCUGACAGCUUCUUGAGUCCGUGGCUGGUGUAUGACACGGAGCCUCCAGACUUCUACUGCAUUGGCUUCCAGGAGCUGGACCUCAGCACGGAGGCUUUUUUCUACUUGGACUCUACGAAGGAGCAGGAGUGGCUGGCUGCUGUGGAGAGGUCCCUGCACCCUAAGGCCAAAUACAAGAAGGUGCAAAUGAUCCGCCUGGUCGGGAUGAUGCUGCUCAUAUUUGCUAAGAAGGAUCAUCUGAGCAAUAUCAGAGAGAUUGUGACAGAGUCUGUGGGCACAGGAGUCAUGGGAAAGAUGGGCAACAAGGGUGGUGUGGCCAUCAGGUUCAUGUUCUACAACACCACCUUCUGUGUGGUCAACUCCCACCUGGCUGCCCACGUGGAGGACUUUGAGCGCCGGAACCAGGACUACAAGGACAUCUGUGCCAGGAUGAGCUUCCUGAUCCCCAGCUCAGAGAGCCUGGCUGAGCUCAACAUCAUGAAACACGAUGUUGUUAUCUGGCUGGGAGACCUGAACUACAGGCUGUGUCUGCUGGAUGCUGGUGAAGUGAAGAAUCUCAUCAGCAAGAACGAGCUUCAGAAGCUGCUGACAUACGACCAGCUGAAUAUUCAGCGCACUCAGAAGAAGGCAUUUGCAGAUUUCAUGGAGGGAGAUAUUAAAUUCAUCCCCACGUAUAAAUAUGACUCUAAAACAGAUCGCUGGGACUCCAGCGGGAAGUGCCGUGUGCCGGCGUGGUGCGACCGGAUCCUCUGGAGGGGAGGGGACGUCAGCCAGCUCCGCUACUGCAGCCACAUGGAGCUCAAGACCAGCGACCACAAACCUGUCAGUGCCCUGUUCCGCAUUGGGGUGAAGGUUGUGGAUGAGCAGAAGUACCGGAAGCUGUUUGAAGACAUUGUCCGUAUCAUGGACAGGAUGGAGAAUGACUUUCUUCCUUCACUGGAGCUGAGCAGGAGAGAGUUCGAGUUUGAGAACGUGAAGUUCCGUCAGCUGCAGAAACAGAAGUUUCAGAUCACCAAUAAUGGGCAGGUCACCUGCCACUUCUCCUUCAUCCCAAAGCUCAAUGACAGCCACUACUGCAAGCCAUGGCUUCGGGCUGAGCCUUGUGAGGGUUACCUGGAGCCAGAUGAGAGCACAGAGAUCUCCCUGGACGUGUACGUCAGCAAGGACUCGGUCACCCUGCUCAACUCUGGCGAGGACAGAAUUGAGGAUAUCCUUGUGCUGCACCUGCACCGGGGCAAGGACUACUUCCUGACCAUCAGUGGCUCCUACCUGCCCAGCUGCUUCGGCACCUCGCUCGAGGCCCUGUGCCGGAUGAAGCGGCCCAUCCGAGAGGUUCCAGUCACCAAGCUCAUAGACCUGGAAGAAGACAGCUUCUUAGAAAAGGAGAAAUCCAUCCUGCAGGUGGGCUCCCCGGACAGCGAGGAGGCAACUGAGGUGCCGCUGCAGGUGCCAAAGGAGAUCUGGCUCUUGGUGGAUCACCUAUUCAAGCAUGCCCUCCACCAGGAGGACCUGUUCCAGACUCCAGGCAUGCAGGAGGAGCUGGAGCAGAUCAUUGACUGCCUGGACACCAGCAUUCCUGAGACAAUCCCGGGCAGCAAUCACUCUGUGGCUGAGGCUCUCCUCAUCUUCCUGGAGGCUCUGCCAGAGCCUGUGAUCUGCUAUGAGCUGUACCAGCGCUGCCUGGAGAGCUCCCACAGCAGCCGCCUGUGCCGGAAGGUGAUCCUGCAGCUGCCCAGCUGCCACCGCAACGUGUUCCGGUACCUGAUGUCCUUCCUGCGGGAGCUGCUGCGCUACUCGGAGGACAACAACGUCAGUGCCACCAUGAUCGCCGCCCUCUUCUCCAGCCUCCUCCUGCGCCCUCCGCCCAACCUGGCGGCCCGGCAGAGCCAGCAGGAGCGCCAGCGUGCCAUCAGCUUCCUGCACAGCUUCCUGCUCACCGGGGACGAGGAGUGACGUGCCAGCCAGAGCCGGGCCUCAGCCCCGGGGGUGGCGGCUGCAGCUCCCCAAUGCCGUGGUUACAGCCGCAAGGGACGUUCCUUCUCCUUGCCACGCCGUGCCCCGCGCUGCAGAGGACCUUGCACCGCGCUGCCAUCCACCCCUGAGCCUCCCACGGGCCGGGGGCUCUGUCAAUGCCCGAGCGCUGUGCCGGCACCCAGCCGUGGCGCAAUCUCCAGUUCCCAGUCACGCUUCUCCGUGUCACCCCCAUCUCCCGAGAGCUGCUGUGGACAGGGGUGGGGAUGGCUGGUGCUCUCGGUGCCAGGUGCGUGUGCUGGUCACCCCAGACCGCUGUGGGACGUGUGCCACCCUGUGCCACGCAGCCCCGAUGCCGUCACUGUGCUGCGGACCGUGCCGGCCCGGGAGGGGUGUUUGGACAUUCGGCCGCUCCCCUUCGGCAGGGCCUGUCCCCUGUCCCCUCCUCCCAGGACACAGGGCCUUGGCACACAGGCACCCCCUGUCUCUGCACCCCCACUCUGCCCCCACUUUCCUCUCCUUUGCCUGCCCCACGUUCCCCCAAGGACACGGGACGGAGGGUGGCUCGCGGUGACCGGGGUCAGGCAGAGCCACGAGCUGCUCUCUGCUCCUCCUGGGCUGAUCUGAGCAGGAUGGGACCCUUGUCCCUCUAGCCCAGCCUGCAGUGUGGGGGUGGGACAGGCGGGGUGACCAGGUGCCGCUAGAUGGAGUCCAUUCUCCUUCCUGGAGUGCUAGCAGAGGCUGCAGCUUUGGGGGAGUGACAGGAGCCAGAAGUGCUCCUGGGGGGCUGCAGUGCAAGGGUCACACACAGCUGGCUGAGGGGACAGCCCUGGGCUGGUACUGAGGGUACAAGAGUGGCCUGUGCCACUGAAACACUAAGAGGCCUGUGGGGCCACGUGGCCUCAGGUGAGAGAGGCCAAAGCCAAGGGGAGGGGUUGUGGUCAGAGCCCCCGCUGGUGCCUGGGCUCAGCCCAGGGUGUUGUGGCCCUGCUGAGCUGCUGCAGGCUCCCCUCCCUUCUGCCUUUUUCUUUUCCUUAAAAUUUUUAAAUUACAUAAUUUAUUGGGAAACUGUCCGUU